AUGGCUGAAGUUCCUCCAAACCCACCUCCUCCAAUCCCACCUCCUCCACCUCCGGAGAGACUCCUAGGUGAUUAUGGAGAGGUGGAUUUAGAAAUCAAGGAAAUAAAAGUCCAAGAUGAAGAAGCAAUACCACCUCCUGUCCAGGAUAAGGAAAAGGUUCCUAAACCCAUAAUCAAACUUCCUUACCCUCCACGACAGAAGAAGAAGAAUCAACAUGAGAAGAAUUUCGAGAAAUUUCUGGAAAUGUUCAAGAAACUCGAAAUCAAUAUCCCUUUUUCGGAAGCAUUGGAACAAAUGCCAAUAUAUGCCAAGUUCAUGAAAGACAUAAUUUCCAAGAAGCGUUCCACUGAUACUGAACCGAUCAUCCUGACUGAAACAUGCAGUGUCGUUCUCCAAGGCAUGAAAAUACCAGUGAAAAAGAAAGACAGGGGAUCAGUUACUAUUCCUUGCACUAUUGGUGAUCGAAAAUUCAAGAAGGCUUUGAUUGACUUAGGAGAAAGUGUAAGUUUGAUGCCACUAUCCAUCUAUAAGAAGCUAGGCAUCGGUUAUGUUCAAGACACUCGAAUGACCCUUCAGUUUGCGGAUCGCUCAGUUCGGCGACCAUAUGGUAUUGUGGAAGAUGUUCUUGUGAAAAUUGACAAGUUUGUUUUUCCAGUCGACUUCGUCAUUUUAGAGAUGUCGGAGGAUGAAGAGAUCCCUCUCAUAUUGGGAAGACCCUUUUUGGAAACAGGACGAUGUAUGAUAGAUAUUGAGGAAGGAACUAUGACCCUCAAGAUCUUAAUGGAGGAUGACCACAAGCCCUACUGUUUGGAUGCACAAGAUCUUAAUGGAGGAUGA